UCACCAAAGCGCUUCCCCAGUUCAUUUCUGGAGUUCGCGCUCACUAACGCACACAAGACAGUUCCAAUGUCGGCCCAGCGCGAAUACGAAACCUUCACCGGAAGCGACGCGGCGAAGGCGGCGGCUGCCGGGGACUCGGAGGAGGAACACCAGCACCCGGUUGAGGAAGUUCGUCUGAUCGUGCCGGAGACCGACGACCCUUCGAUGCCGGUGAUGACUUUCAGGGCGUGGUUUCUGGGCAUAAUCUCAUGCGUCCUCCUAAUCUUCCUCAACACCUUCUUCAUAUACCGGACUCAGCCGCUGACUAUAUCGGCAAUUCUAGUUCAAAUCGCCGCCUUGCCCGUGGGCAGAAUCAUGGCCUCAACCCUGCCCACCCGAAAGUACGCGGUUCUGGGAAGGAGUUUCAGCCUGAAUCCUGGACCGUUCAAUGUCAAGGAACAUGUGAUCAUCACGAUUUUCGCGAAUUGUGGGGUUUCUUACGGUGGGGGUGAUGCGUACUCGAUUGGGGCUAUUACGGUCAUGAAGGCUUACUACAAGCAGAGCGUGAAUUUUCUCUGCGGCCUUCUCAUCGUCCUGACCACUCAGUUAUUGGGGUAUGGAUGGGCUGGGAUUUUGAGGAGGUACCUUGUUGAACCUGCUGAAAUGUGGUGGCCUUCAAACCUUGCUCAGGUUUCUCUUUUCAGAGCACUCCAUGAAAAGGAAUCAAAAUCAGAUGGCCCAACCCGGAUGAAAUUUUUCCUUAUUUUCAUGUUCGCAAGCUUUGUCUACUAUGCAUUUCCUGGAUACCUAUUUCCAAUUUUGACAUUUUUCUCAUGGGUCUGCUGGGCUUGGCCUCAUAGUAUCACCCUUCAGCAAAUUGGAUCUGGUUACCACGGGCUUGGGGUUGGAGCCUUCUCCUUUGAUUGGGCUGGAAUUUCAGCAUACCAUGGAAGCCCGCUGGUGGCACCGUGGUUUUCAAUUGUCAAUAUUGGGGUUGGAUUCAUCAUGUUUAUCUACAUAAUUGUCCCUCUGUGUUACUGGAAGUUUAACACCUUCGACGCGAGGAAAUUUCCUAUAUUCUCUAGUCAGCUAUUCACUUCAAGUGGAGGAAAAUAUGAUACCACAAAAAUCUUGAGCCCACAUUAUGAUCUUGAUAUUUCUGCUUAUGAGACAUACGGGAAGAUGUAUCUUAGUCCUCUAUUUGCCCUUUCUAUUGGAUCAGGAUUUGCAAGAUUUACAGCAACUCUCACCCAUGUGGCACUUUUUAAUGGCAGUGAUAUUUGGAAGCAGAGCAAAUCCGCAAUGAAGAAUAUGAAAUUAGAUAUACAUGCAAAAUUGAUGAAAUGUUACAAAGAAGUGCCUCACUGGUGGUUCCUCAUCCUAUUAAUAGGAAGCAUUGCCCUAGCUCUUGUAAUGUGCUUUGUGUGGGAAGAAGAAGUGCAGCUGCCAUGGUGGGGGUUGCUCUUUUCCUUUGCCUUGGCCUUUGUAGUUACCCUCCCUGUUGGGGUCAUUCAAGCAACCACUAACCAGCAACCUGGAUAUGACAUAAUAGCACAGUUCAUAUUUGGGUAUAUCCUCCCUGGAAAACCUAUAGCAAACUUGCUUUUCAAGAUGUAUGGUCGAACCAGUUCAGUCCAUGCUUUAUCAUUCUUAUCUGAUCUUAAACUUGGGCAAUACAUGAAAAUUCCACCACGAUGCAUGUACACAGCGCAGCUGGUGGGAACUGUUGUUGCUGGUAUAGUUAACCUUGCAGUUGCAUGGUGGAUGUUGGGGAGCAUUGAAAACAUAUGUGAUGUUGAGGCAUUGCAUCCCGAUAGCCCAUGGACAUGCCCUAAAUUCCGUGUCACCUUUGAUGCUUCUGUUAUAUGGGGUCUGGUUGGACCCAGGAGGCUGUUUGGACCCGGAGGGAUGUACCGUAACUUGGUAUGGCUAUUCCUUAUAGGAGCAGUCUUGCCAGUACCUGUCUGGGUACUGAGCAAAAUUUUCCCUAAUAAGAAAUGGAUCCCCCUCAUAAACAUACCGGUUCUAUCCUAUGGUUUUGCCGGGAUGCCUCCAGCGACUCCCACCAACAUAGCUAGCUGGCUGCUCACAGGGACAGUCUUCAACUAUUUCAUAUUCCGAUACCGAAAGGGAUGGUGGCUGAAGUACAACUAUGUUCUAUCUGCAGCCUUGGAUGCUGGAACUGCUUUCAUGGCUGUUCUUCUGUUCUUUGCCCUGCAGAAUGAGAACCAUGAUUUGAAGUGGUGGGGUACAGACCUAGACCAUUGCCCUUUGGCCACAUGCCCAACUGCACCAGGGAUUGCGGUUAAAGGAUGCCCAGUCUUUAGAUAGGUAAUCUAUACUGGGGUUUGGAGAUUAUAGAAAAUGCAGAAUUGGUCGUGGUUUUGAGAGAGAAGCGGGCAUAUGCUGGUUUAGAAGUCAUGAAAAAUUGCUUUGCGCUCUUGUAAAUGAGUUGUUAGUUUUUGGUUUUGUUUUUACUCUAGUGGAUGUGGAGGAAAGGUCUUUUUGAAGUCCAAGAGCAGAUUUUCAGUGUUUUAAUGCACUACAUUAUUGUUGUGCAGGCUUGUCAUCAAUAAAUAAUGCACUUGCAUGCUGCAGCAAAUUAAAAAAAGAG